UUUGAUUUUGAAGUUUUGAUCUGACGUGGUGUUGUUGAGCUGUCGAAAAACCCUUUCUUUUUACAACUUGAAGUGUAUAACCAAUAAUUUUAUUAUUCUCUUAUAAAUAAACCAAAUCAAACAAUAUGUUAGACAUUUUAUUCGACGAUGUGAAGCGCAUGAACAAGAGACAGUUUAUUUAUCAAGUCCUCAGUUUUGGUAUGAUAGUAUCGUCAGCUCUGAUGAUAUGGAAGGGCUUGAUGGUUGUAACAGGCAGCGAAAGUCCGAUAGUGGUGGUGCUUUCCGGUAGUAUGGAGCCCGCGUUUCAUAGAGGAGACUUGUUGUUCCUUACUAAUUACCCCGACGAGCCCGUGCGCGUCGGAGAGAUUGUGGUCUUCAAGGUUGAGGGGCGCGACAUUCCAAUCGUUCACAGAGUUCUGAAGCUGCAUGAAAAAAACAAUGGGACUGUGAAAUUUCUAACCAAAGGAGACAAUAAUAGUGUGGACGAUAGAGGAUUGUAUGCUCAGGGGCAACUCUGGCUCACCAAAAAAGAUGUAGUGGGGCGGACUAGAGGCUUCUUGCCUUAUGUAGGGAUGGUCACAAUUUACAUGAAUGAAUAUCCUAAAUUUAAGUUUGCUGUGCUGGGAUGUUUAGCAAUCUAUGUACUAGUCCAUAGAGAAUAAAGAUUAUGAUCUGAUGAGAAAGAUGGAGUCCAGAUGUCUGUCCGAGUAAUGGAAUGUACUGGCAGGUGUAAUUUCUUUUAAGGACUUCUCUCGAGUGAAUAUAAUAAUAUUUAUUUUGAUGGACUUA